UGCGAUGAAGGGGGACCUGGGAUGAUAUCUGGCUGCCUAAUGAAGUGGAUCCGGGAACAGACGCUGACCAUCCCAACUGGAGGAACGAGCUGCCGCCGAUGGUUCGGAUGCACUGAGCUUUAAAUAAGCUUAUUUAAACGUUUCUUGAUGCUGUACGUUGUGUGUGAGAAAUGGUCAACCCCUCCAUUGUUGGUGUUGAGCUUCUUGCACCGGAUAGGACGGAUGUAUAGUGCUGUUUUGGACUCGGGCAAUGGGCCAAGAAACCGAUCGGUCACGUGCAGACUAGAAAACAUAAUUUUUCUCAUCCCUUUUUCCUACCUUGUCACAAGAAAUGCAAAAAAACACAAUCAAUCAACUGAAAAAUUUGAAUGGAGAGAUCCCACGAGCGCAGGAAGAAACUCCACCAGGAAACUUGGACCACAGGUAUACUAAGGCAACGGGCCACUCAGGAAGCAGCACUGGAUUGCAAUGGGCGGGCUGCAGGCCGACCAAAGUGGAGACCAAUUCGUCGUGUGAUGAACUGAUGGGUAGCAUUAUUAAUGCGCACCGUGAUGGAUGUGGGUUCAAGCCAGAAAUGAUGGUAACGGCUUCAAGUUCAAUCCCAAUCAGAUACCAGGGCAGUCGCCAGGAUCGGACCACCACCACCACCACCUGGCACACCCCUCUUACUGGUGCCGUCCCGUGCCCUGCAGGCGCAAGGAUCUGUGUGCAACAUGGCCAGCCACGUCACGGUCGCUACCAUGCUGAUCAACAGAGACAGCGCCAUAGUAUGAACAAACCGUCAAUGCGCAGACGGUCAAUCUGACCAUCAGCCGUCAAUCCAUGCUGGACAAGGAAGCUACAACGAGGCCCCAGGCGC